CAAGCUUGCUCUCCAUGCUAUAAUGCAGUGCUGGGGCUGUGGGCUGGGAGAAGGCUUUUUGCUGCUGUGGAAAAAUUGCUCAUUAGCAAACACUGGACUUUCUCUUCGUUUGGCUUUUCCUGCAGGGUAAAGGACUUGCUCUCUCCUUUUUGUUUUUAGCUGUUAAGGAGGAUUAUUUUUCCGUCUGUUUAUGCAAAGACUAAGGGAAAAGAACUGCAGUCUAGCUCCCGUUCCUCCCCUUUAGUUUUUCUGUGCAUUAUGAAGUGCAGCUAUGGCAAGAAGAGGUAAGAGAGCUGUGAGGACACUGGAAGAUUUGACCCUGGAUUCUGGGUAUGGUGGUGCUGCGGAUUCCAUCAGGUCCUCUAAUUUGUCCCUGUGUUCCGAUUCUCACCCGGUAGCUUAUGUCCAUGGAGGAAACUGUUGGCAUCUAACUGACUCCAUGCACAGUAGACACAACAGCUUUGACACGGUCAACACUGUCCUGGCUGAAGACUCGGAGGUCCUGGACUGCUCAGGACAGUGCUCCAGGCUGCCUGACCUUGAGGAAGUCCCCUGGAGCAUUGAGGAGCUGGAGGCUCUUUUGAAGAAAGAGCAGAUGGUGGUGGGAGCUAGUAGAGAUGUCCUCUCCAAACUGUCUGCUCUGGUCAGCAGGGCUUUGGUCAGGAUUGCCAAAGAGGCUCAAAGGCUGAGCCUUCGCUUUGCCAAAUGUACCAAGUACGAGAUCCAAAGUGCCAUGGAGAUAGUGUUGGCAUGGUCUCUAGCGUCCAGCUGUACCGCUUCGGCCCUCAGCGCCCUGUCUCUUUACAACAUGAGCACCACGGAUAGGCUCAGCAGGGGCAAGUCGGUGCGCUGCGGCCUCACCUUCUCUGUCGGGAAGUUCUAUAGGUGGAUGGUAGACAGCAGGGUGGCCUUGAGGAUCCAUGAGCACGCGGCCAUCUACGUGACAGGCUGCAUGGAGACCCUGUUCAAGGAGAUCUACAAGAGGGUCCUUUCCAUGCCUCGCCCGGAGAAAGAAAAUGAGGCACCAAACUUUACUGCAGAGUCCAUGGAGCAAGCAAUUAACAACGAUUCGGAGCUGUGGGGACUGCUUCAGCCCUUCCAGCACCUUAUCUGUGGUAAAAAUGCAAGUGGAGUCCUCUGCCUUCCAGACACUUUGAACCUUCAUAGAGAACAGCAAAGGUCCAAUAAACCAGGUGAUGUACAGAUGUUUAGCCAAUCAGAACUGAGGACUAUAGAGCAGUCAUUGCUUGCCACACGGGUGGGCAGUAUUGCUGAGCUCAGUGACCUGGUAUCCCGUGCGAUGCACCACCUUCAGCCUCUCAAUUCAAAGCAGCAUGGCAAUGGGACUCCAAUGCAUCACAAGCAGGGACCUCUCUACUGGGAGCCAGAGGCCCUGUAUACGCUGUGUUAUUUCAUGCACUGCCCCCAGAUGGAAUUCGAAAACCCAAACGUGGAGCCUUCCAAAGUCACUCUUCAGACUGAAAGGCCAUUCCUAAUGCUUCCGCCUCUGAUGGAAUGGAUCCGAGUUGCCGUGGCUCAUGCUGGGUACCGGCGAAGCUUUUCCGUGGACAGCGAUGACGUCCGACAAGCUGCUCGCCUUCUGCUUCCAGGUGUUGACUGUGAACCCCGACAGCUAAAAGCUGACGAUUGCUUUUGUGCGUCUCGCAAAUUGGACGCGGUUGCCACAGAAGCCAAGUUUAAGCAAGAUCUCGGCUUUCGGAUGCUGAACUGUGGCAGAACAGAUUUAGUGAAACAGGCUGUUUCUUUGCUGGGUCCCGACGGAAUUAACAGCAUGAGCGAACAAGGAAUGACCCCUCUCAUGUACGCCUGUGUCAGAGGAGAUGAAGCCAUGGUCCAGAUGCUACUGGACGCUGGCGCCGAACUGAACGUGGAAGUCCCGAUCACUGCACAUAAAUGUCCUUCUGUCCAUCCAGAGACUCGACAUUGGACGGCACUAACAUUUGCCGUCCUUCAGGGCCACAUUCCUGUUGUGCAGCUACUUUUAGAUGCUGGAGCAAACGUUGAAGGCUCUUUAGAAGCUGGAGAAGAAAACUACUCCGAAACACCAUUACAAUUGGCAGCAGCGGCAGGAAACUUUGAGCUGGCAAGUUUACUGCUGGAACGUGGUGGAGACCCCAUGAUAGGAACAAUGUACAGGAACGGAAUUUCCACUGCACCUCAAGGUGACAUGAACUCCUUCAGCCAGGCUGCUGCACACGGACACAGGAAUGUAUUUCGAAAGCUCCUUGCCCAACCUGAAAAAGAAAAGAGCGACAUUCUGUCUUUGGAAGAGAUUCUUGCCGAAGGAAGUGACCUGCCAGACACAACGCAAACUCCAUUUUGCUCAAGUCGAAACAGUAAAGCCAAGCUUAAGGCGCUAAAAGAAGCAAUGUACCACAGUGCUGAGCAUGGAUAUGUGGAUAUUACCAUUGAUAUUAGAAGUUUAGGCGUCCCAUGGACUCUUCACACCUGGUUGGAAUCAUUGCGGAUUUCCUUCCAGCAGCACCGACGGCCUCUGAUCCAAUGUCUGUUAAAGGAAUUUAAAUCUAUUCAAGAGGAAGAGUACACAGAGGAGCUAAUUACACAAGGACUGCCAUUAAUGUUUGAAAUCCUGAAAGCCAGCAAGAAUGAGGUCAUCAGUCAGCAGCUGGCUGUCAUUUUCAGUCAAUGCUACGGACCUUACCCUAUUCCAAAACUGACGGAAAUCAAACGCAAGCAGACUUCCAGACUGGAUCCCCAGUUUCUCAACAACAAAGAAAUGUCCGAUAUCACGUUCAUCGUGGAAGGAAGGCCUUUUUAUGCUCAUAAAGUGUUGCUAUUCACAGCCUCUCCAAGAUUUAAAGCACUUCUUACAAAUAAAUCAUCGGCAGAGAACAGUUGCAUUGAAAUCAACUAUGUAAAAUACCAUAUAUUUCAGUUAGUCAUGCAGUACUUAUACUGUGGCGGUACAGAGUCACUUCUAAUUAAAAAUAAUGAAAUCAUGGAGCUGUUGUCGGCUGCUAAAUUUUUCCAGCUGGAAGCUUUGCAACGUCACUGUGAGAUCAUCUGCGCGAAGAGUAUAAAUACCGAAAACUGUGUGGAUAUUUACAACCAUGCAAAGUUUCUCGGUGCACCUGAAUUAUCAUCCUAUUGUGAAGGAUACUUUUUGAAGAACAUGAUGCUCCUCAUUGAAAAUGAUGCCUUUAAACAGCUAUUGUAUGACAAGAAUGGAGAAACAACGGGUCAGGAUGUGCUAGGAGACUUACAGAGGACGUUAGCAACAAGGAUACAAUCAAUACACCUAUCUUCUUCCAAAGGGUCUAUAGUAUAGAGAUGAUAUCUGCUGCAGAGGACUAUGUAUAGUGUUUACUCAAGAAUGCUUUCAUGAAGAUUACAAGGCUUUCACUUGAUGGGAUCUCCCUUUUUUUUUUUUGCUGGCUCAAGACAGAGACUUUUGGCCUCACCGAUAGGAGAAUAACCCUUCCAAAAACAGGUUUAUUGGGGAUUUUUUGUGGGGAUACCUACUCAGUGGAAGAUUCUAAGGAAGAAAAAAGACGGAAUCAGCUUAUCUAUAAGCAAGAAAAUGUACUUUGAAAAAACAAUAUGUGUAUAAAAAUUGUACCUUGAUGUAAAUUUAGAUGCCCUAUUUAAAUCAAUAUUUUGAAUUUCUCAAUGGUAUGCAUCUCCUUCCAUGUGCAAAAAUAAUAAAGACUCUGUAGCAGAUACAGUUUCUUAACUCUUAAAA